GGCUGGAUGGGGAUGAGGUUUGAGGAGCUAUGGUUGGGUAGACGUUUGGGUUUGGGGAACAGAAAUAUCCUAAAGUCGGCUUCCAGUGGCAUUGGGAGCAAAGGGGUCUGCAGCCCGUGUUGAGCUAGGUAUUUGAAAUGGCUUUGUCAGUGACCCAUUGGCAGUUUUGCUUCACCUCUGAGGAAGACCUUGUUGUACAUUUGAAAACAUAACUUUGCUCAGACAUGAUUUUCUGUUGAGUUCUUGGAAGUUUUAUGUGUGUGAUUUGUGUGUAUGUCUGCUGGCUUCACUUGGCGUUGGCAGGUGGACAAGAUUGUGGACCAGCUGCAGCAAUUAAUGCAGGUGUAUGACCUGGCUGCUCUUCGGGAUUACUGGAACUACCUGGAGCGGCGGCUCUUUAGCCGCUUGGAGGACGUGUACAGACCCACCAUCAACAAGCUGAAAACCAGCCUGUUCCGCUUUUAUCUCGUCUACACAAUCCAGACAAACAGAAGUGACAAGGCUCAGGAGUUCUUUGCAAAGCAGGCCUCGGAGCUCCAGAACCAGGCUGAGUGGAAGGAUUGGUUUGUCCUGCCCUUCCUGCCAUCCCCAGACACCAACCCCACCUUCGCCACCUACUUUUCGCGCCAGUGGGCCGACACCUUCAUCGUGUCCCUGCACAACUUCCUGAGUGUCCUGUUUCAGUGCAUGCCAGUUCCUGUAAUCCUGAACUUUGAUGCGGAGUGCCAGAGGACCAACCAGGUUCAAGAAGAGAAUGAAGUUCUGCGCCAGAAGCUGUUUGCACUGCAAGCCGAAAUCCACCGACUGAAGAAAGAGGAGCAACAGCCAGAGGAGGAAGAGGCCUUAGUCCAGCACAAAUUGCCUCCUUAUGUCUCCAACAUGGACCGCCUGGGAGACUCAGAACUAGCCAUGGUGUGCAGCCAGAGGAACGCCUCCCUCUCCCAGUCGCCGCGCGUGGGCUUCCUGUCCUCGCUGCUGCCUCAGAGUAAGAAGAGCCCCUCAAGGUUGUCGCCUGCCCAGGGCCCCUCUCAGACUCAGAGCUCGGCCAAGAAGGAGUCCUUCGGCAGCCAGACCGCCAAGGGCAGGGAGCCGGCCAGCGCGCCCAAGGACGGGAAGAGCCUCUUCGGCGGGCUGGCCCCUGGGGAGUCCAGCUGGUCGCAGCACCGGCAGCGGCGCCUGCAGGACCACGGCAAGGAACGGAAGGAGCUCCUCUCCAUGACUUUGCAGUGUGCGGAGAAGAAGCCCGAAGCUGGUGGCCCAGAGGCAGAGCCCUGCCCGGAGCCCCAUGUGGAGGUGCUGGAGACGCUGACGCGGGUGCCCACUGCCGGCCCUGAGGGUGGGGGGGUCCGCCCCGAGCAGCCGUUCAUCGUGCUGGGGCAGGAGGAGUACGGGGAGCACCACUCUUCCAUCAUGCACUGCAGGGUGGACUGCUCAGGGAGAAGGGUCGCCAGCUUGGAUGUGGAUGGGGUCAUCAAAGUGUGGUCCUUCAACCCCAUCAUGCAGACUAAGGCGUCCUCUAUCUCCAAGUCACCGCUGCUCUCUUUAGAAUGGGCCACCAAGCGGGACAGGCUGCUGUUGCUGGGCAGUGGUGUGGGGACAGUGCGCCUCUACGACACGGAAGCCAAGAAGAACCUCUGUGAAAUCAACAUCAAUGAUGAUAUGCCCAGGAUCCUGUCUCUCGCGUGCAGCCCCAGCGGGGCCUCUUUCGUCUGCUCGGCUGCAGCUUCGAGCCUCACUGCCCACGUGGACGUGUUGGCACCAGACAUUGGCAGCAGGGGCACCAACCAGGUUCCGGGCAGGCUGCUGCUCUGGGACACGAAGACCAUGAAGCAGCAGCUCCAGUUCUCCCUGGAUCCGGAGCCCAUCGCCAUCAACUGUACGGCCUUCAAUCACAAUGGGAACCUGCUGGUCACGGGGGCAGCUGACGGCGUCAUCCGGCUGUUUGACAUGCAGCAGCACGAGUGUGCUAUGAGCUGGAAGGCCCACUGCGGGGAGGUCUACUCCGUGGAGUUCAGCUACGAUGAGAACACUGUGUACAGCAUCGGCGAGGACGGGAAGUUCAUCCAGUGGAACAUCCACAAGAGCGGCCUGAAGGUGUCCGAGUACGGCCUGCCCGCCGACGCCACGGGCCCCUUCGUGCUGUCCGGCUACAGCGGCUACAAGCAGGUCCAGGUGCCCCGGGGCCGACUCUUCGCUUUCGACUCGGAGGGCAAUUACAUGCUGACGUGUUCUGCCACGGGGGGUGUCAUCUACAAGCUGGGCGGGGAUGACAAGGUUCUGGAGAGCUGCGUGAGCCUGGGCGGCCACCGCGCCCCUGUGGUCACUGUGGACUGGAGCACAGCCAUGGACUGCGGGACCUGCCUCACUGCCUCCAUGGAUGGCAAGAUCAAGCUGACCACCCUCCUAGCCCAUAAAGUCUGACGGGACCCGCCCCGAGGGUCACCCACAGAAGCUGUAUUAUCCUAGUAUGCGGGCAGAGAAGACAGGCGAAGAGGAAGCUCCCCUCACGGCCCCCUGCCGGGUGGGCAGUCUUCUGGGAGAGGUUGCCCAGAGCGCUUGGGCACUGUCCAGAGACUCCACUGGAUGGGAGCCACGUGCAGUGGUGGCACGUGCUCCCCAGGCAUGGGCUUGCUGGGCCUGCCAGCAGCGGGCUCCAGAUGGCAGGGGAACGCUCAGGAAGAAGGAGAAGCGUUGUGGUGGCUGCUCUGUUGGCCCAGAAGAGAUUGCAAGUAUUUUGUAUAUAUUUGCUCAGUUUUCUUUUUUAAAAAAAGAAUGCUCUUGUGGUCA